CUUUGAAAUGCUGGGUCUGUUCUGGGCUCCUCCUCACUUUUGUUGCUGUCUUUUUUUGUUAGAGCAAAGUUCUACAACCAAAGAUCACUGCACAUUAGGAAAUCAAAUCCCCCUAGGAAGUCAAUCGUGUAGAGAGCAGCUGGAGCAAGUGAAGAAAAUGUCACUGUCAUACGAGAAAACAUCUGAACAAGUCACAAUAACUUUAAAGCCUACACCAGCUGACAAUGCCUGCCCCCUAAUUUGCCAGCUGUGCUAUUCACUGUGCUGCAGUUCAUUCUGCCAUGUUUCAAAAGCAUUCGAGAAAAUAAUUAAUGGAAACUUGAGUACCUUUGGGGCAAUACAAAUAAUGGUUGGAAUGGUGAACAUUGCCUUUGGGUUAAUUCUUAGAAAUCAAACCCCAUGGUUUGAUGUGCCAUAUUGGGCUGGCUCUGUGUUUAUUGUUGUUGGAUGUUUCUGCUUCUUGGUUGACAAAUUCCACAGUCCUUGCAUGGUUUUGCUAUGUUUAAUCAAAAACAUCAUAUGUACUGGCUGUGCUGUUGCUAACAUAGUUUUAUUGUGCAUUGAAUUGCCUCGUACACCCUACUUAUACUGCACAAAAAAAGAUGAAUAUUCAAGAUGGUCACACGGGAAAUUUGAUAAUUACACCUUUGAAGUGUGUCAAAAUCUUUUCCACAGUUUAAAAGAUUUUUUACUUGGAAUAAAGAUACUCUAUAUAGGUUUUGGAACUCUUCAUCUCUGCAUUACCAUCAGUAUUGUAGUUCUAACCAUAAAGGCUCUGUGUAAAUACAGAAACUGUAAUAAGCCUACGUUGGAUGAUGAAGAUGAAGUAAUUACACCACUCCCAAAUGUAAAGGGAAACUAAGUGUCUGAGCUCUGAAGUAAUUUCUUGGAUUUAUGACAUUGAACUGAAAGGAUGUAAUUGGAAAAUAUGUUUUUUCCUUUUUUGUAAAGUAUACAUAUACACCUUUAUAUGAAAUCUUCAGUUAUUUGCAAUCUGUCACAAAGAAUAAGAUUCAUUCUGCAAAACAAAAUAAACUGACAUGUUUCUUGAGAAAAUUAUUUUAUUUUGCCAAGUUUUACACCCAGAACUUAAGUUUAGGAAUGCUAGGACCUUGCAACCCAAAAAAAAAAAAACCCAAAAUAACACAUUUCAGUGGCGAUAAUGCAAUUAGAAAGGUUUUCCUAAUAACCAAUUAGCUUUUACACAAGAAUAAUUAAGGAUAAGCUAAGGGAAUUGGCCAUUAGGACACUGAGGUAUUACUGCUGAAAAAUGGGGCUUUGUAGCUAUAUGUAAAUAAUAAAUUAGAAAUUAGUCAUUUCAAGCAGUUGUAGCCAUUAUAAACAUUAGUAAUGCCUUAUAUAUAUUUUUUAAUUAACUUAAUGGUAUCUUGAUAAAGAAGGGUAUCAAUUUCUACCAAAAACGUGAAGAUUUCUGGAUGAUCCCAAACUUUAGAUAGGUAGUGUCUAAAGUAAACACCAGAUUUAAUAUAUAAUUUGUUAAUGGAUUUUAGAUUUGGCAGGCACUAACUCUUACUACUGCGGUGGGCUGGCACCCUACCAGGGGUUUGUUUCCUGCCUUGCGCCCUGUGUUAGCUGGGAUUGGCUCCAGCAGAUCCCCGUGAUCCUGUAGUUAGGAUAUAGCAGGUUGGAUAAUGGAUGGACGGAUGGAUAACUGGCACUACAAUAUUUUUCUAGACAUAAAGCAUCACAUUCUUUUUUUGUUUAGCAUUCAACAAAAUGUAAAUGUGCCACUGCCAUAAUUGCUGAUCACAUACUUUUCCACUGAGGUUAUAUUAGAUGGACACACAGAAAGCAUAUCCAUUUGUUACUUCUGGUUUCCUUGCUGUAUCAGUAGACUGUGAUACAUAUCAAAGAAUGUGUUGUCAUGUAUCCUCAAUGUUUAGUAUGUUUUAUAUAUAUUCUGUUUGUUAUUUUUAGGAUAAUGACUUAAGAGGGUGCUUGAACGUAGUGCCACAUUAGCUCUCUUGUAUAGGAAGUGAUCUGUGGACUUCGCCUAGAGGUAAUCUAGCAAUAAAUUUUAAAGGUCAGUUGUUGUAGGUGUGUAAACAAGUCACGUGUUUAGAUGGAAGUGAAGGCUCACUUACAGAAAGGAAAAGAGGCUAGGGGCUGAGAGAGAUGGAAGGUGGCGGGAAGUGUUUUUGUGUUGCAUUGUUACUAAUAGCAAAUACACUACACUGUCUUUAGUUCUUACUUUUAUGUGACCCCUCCAUCUAUCCAUCCAUCAAUGUUCCAAAACUAGUUUAUUCAAUUUCAGGGCUGAUGGAAGCAAACUUUAUUCUAGAAACAAUGGGUGUAAGGCAGGAACCAAUGCUGGACAGGGCACCAAUACAUUGUAGGGCACACUUAUGCUUACACUCACACAAGCAUAGUUUAAAGUCAACAGUUAACUUAAUUAAACACAGGAGUACCUUGGAAGAUCCCAAGCAGAUGAGGAAAACGUGCAAAAGAUACUCAGAUAAUUAACAAGCCAGGAUUCAACUUACUUUACUACAACUAUAAGUCAGCAAGGGAACCACUGCCCAACAUUAAAUUAAUCAGAAGGUCAAACAUUAUAAUUAAAAGCAAAGUAACAUGCUCUUUCCACCAGCAGAUAUCACAAUGCAUUAUGCCAGUCUCAAUUUGCCUUUUCCAUUCAAUUGUUUAACAUUUUUAACAUUCAGUCUUUCCAUUUAUAUUACACCAUUAGUGUUAUGAAAAUGUUGUUAGAUGAAAACUGUUUUGAUUAUUUUCUACCUACUGUCAAUAUUUAUUAUCUAUUGUGUGUAAUAUCUAUCAAAUUCCCAUUAUUACCUAUUGUCACUAUGUUGUGUUUAUCCUGAAACAAUUUAAAAUGAGUGUUCCACUCAUAUGGUGAAUAUCUACUUUAUGAUAAGGUUUACAAGUUUAUAUAUCUGCAAUGAAUUCCUAAAUGUUGCAUUUAAUCUUGACAGAUGUGAUAAGUGAUUAAACAUGGUUUUAUUUUCUGUUAA